CCACUGUUGAGGCAUCCCACACAUGCUUGGGAUUUGGAAGUUUGAUUUGAGGUUAAUGUGGUAAACACGUGAAAGUAAAAUGUGCCAUUCAUUGAUUAUUUGUAUUAUUUGAUGUUGGUUCUAUUUAAGUUUAUCUUCUUAUUUAUGGUUGAGUUAAACAUAAAAGUUAAUGUUGGUUUUUAAAAUGGAAGACGGUAAAAAUGUUGAAAGUGUUCUUAAUUACUUUUCUUUACUUAGAGAAGGAACUGAGCAAUCUCAAAUACAGGCAUCUCUUGCAAUUUUGGUUCAUCUUGUGCAUAAACAACAGGCGGAAGAUACUGAUGAUUCUUGUCACGAGCUUCAUCUUGGAAUACGCCGCAUCAUUAGAGGUUUAGGAUCUCCGAGAUCUAGAGCUAGAAAAGGAUACUACACCGCAUUUAUUGGAUUGAUAAGUACUUUUCCAAAUAUUUCAUUUCAAGCUAUCAACGAUGCAAUCGAAGCUGAAUUUAGUAAUUAUCAUCCAGAUGAGGAAUCUGAUGUGUUCAAAGGAAUCAUUUUAGCUUAUGGAGCUAUAAUAAGUACUGGUGUAUUUUUAAAAGCCAGCAAUGAACAGAUAAUAGCAAUUGUAACAAAGUUGAUUAGUAUUAGUCAGAAAAAAUCUUACUUCCUCCUUGCAGUAACCGUCUAUCUUGGUCUGCUACUUACAAACAUUGAUCUGGAAAAGUUUGAAAUAGUAUGGAAACUCAUUCAUGAAAAAUUCAUGAUUAAGAAGAAAUCUUUAUUUCUGGAAGCAUAUUAUUUGUUGAUGUUAGCUCAGGCCGAAUUCCCAUCAGUUAUUAAUUCAAACUAUUUGGAAAAAACUAUUGGUGCAUCAGAAAUAUUCAGCAAAACUGCUUUGGAUAUCAUCGCUGAGCAAUGUGUGUGUAUACCUCACGAGUCCUACAUUGAAUCUCCAAUGUAUCAAUACAUAUUUAGUAACUUGCUGUCCUCAAAAUCAUUUGUGAAGAAGGUUUGGAACAAACUGGACGAACAGCUUAGUGCUCCAACCCCACUUCGAAUGACUCUUGCUUUUGAAAUCUUUAAAAUCAUGGCAAAUAAAUUGGGGAAAAAAGAUUUCCUAGUGCAUGCUUUUACCCCAAAUUUUGUGUAUUUGCUUGAAAAUGAACUGGAAGAGCAUGAGAACAUUAGAUUAGCUAGAAGAGUUGCAAUUGAUACUUUUUGCAAAAUCCUGUUUGCAGAUAAAAGUAUAAAGUCAAAAAAUCUGCUUCUCAUCAUUGAAAGUUUGUAUUUUUAUCCAGGUAAUUUUCAAAUGUUCAGUGGUCUUGGUACAAAAUUGUUUCAGUCUUUAAUUCAUGGUUUAAAAGAAGAACACGUGAAGACUGUUGCAGAGAUGUUUCACAAUGUACUUACUGAUAAGAGUAUGAAAGUGAUUGAAAAAAGAGGAGAUGAAGAGAUUAAGCGUCCUUGGAAAGAAAGUCAGAAGAAAGUAAGUAUAUUGAUGCUUUCCAAACUGUUGAAUCAUCCUUCCAUCGUCGGCUGGGCCAACUGGAAAGUGAAUCAACUGAAAAUAGUCAUCGAUAUAGGUUUUUUUAGAAAUGGGCUCUCUCAAAAGCUCACCAGUACUGCUCGGAAAACCAUCUACCUGGCUCUAGAUCAAAAAUGUCAACGAUUGACUGAUUUACGAACAAUUUUGUCUGAUUUGGCUGGCUAUUUCAAUGAAAAACUAUGUUCCAGCAAUUUUAUUUCGGUCGAGUUCAGCAAAGAAACUAGAAAACUGUGGACGGAUAUGAUGCGAAUCAUAUCUUCACUAGAGAACAACGCUACCGAUGCUGGAAAGCUAGCCAGCACCACAUUUCAUGUAAUGUUUCUUCAAUUUGGCUUGUCCCUCUUCAAGGACCCCAAGAUAGGAGCUGAAAAUUUGAAAGAGUUGAAAAGCAUCUAUGAACACGCCAGCAGAAAAGCAGAAGACAACGACCAACUGCGUUGGACUGACGUCAUUAUUGAUCUUAUAUUGUCCUUGUUGUCUCAGGGAGAUAAAUCCAACAGGCACAUUAUAACUAAAGUAUUCAUUCACUUGUGUCCUUAUUUGACCAGUGAGAACGUUCAUCAGAUGUUGGCCGUUUUGAAUCCUAACAGUAAGAAUCCUCUUAUGGUUGUAAAUCAAGAAGCUGAUUCUGAUGAGGAAUAUGAUGGUGACGAGGACAAAGAAAGCACCGAGGAAAAAGAUGAAACAUCAGGAGAUGAAUCUCCUUCAGAUGAAAGUGAUGUAGAUAUGAGUGGUGAUGAUAUAGAAGAUGACACCAAUUACGAUAAGCUGCGCGCUGAGUUGCGCACUGCACUAGGAAAUGACGCCACUCUCACAGACACUGAGUCUGUGGAUCUCGAUGACAUGAACGAAGACGAGGGAAAACACCUCGAUGAGAAACUAUCCGAAGCCUUCCGUUUCGUCAAACAACAACAGCAGAAACGAGUCGCUCUUGAAGAAAAAGAUUUGUUCGUUUUCCGGCUAAAAGUGCUCGACCUCAUCAAAGUAUGGACAAAAACCGAACCCGAACUCAGCAUACUACUCGAUGUAAUCUCUGUGGUCCUCAUGCUGCUGGAAACCACGAUCAAGGGGAAUGCUGAUGCUGAGCUAGUAGCUAAAUUGAAGGCGUUCAUCAAAACAGUCACCUCUGUCAAAAAGUACAAACUCACCGAGAAACUAGAUGAAUCGCUACUGGUACAACUGGUCGAAACAAUUACUAGUCGUGAUGAUAAAACACACUCAGUCUACAUAUCUAUGUCAAGUGAAAUUAUUGAAUGUUGUACGUUUAUCUUCAAAGUUACUUUGAGAGAAAAUAUGGAAGAAACUCAUGAGAAAUUAGUAGCUGUCUACAGAAACUUACUCACCGAAUGUUUCCUUACAAGCAACAGUAUAGUGCCUAUCGGAUUAUUUCAUUCCAUUCUAAGUCUGACUUGGAACGACAGUAUAACCCUCGUUGAAGACAUCACAAGUAUCGCAUUCAAUGACAAACUUCGUCCAUUUCAAAGGUGUCAGACUCUCAAAUUGUUAGAGGCUUACUUUAGAAACAAGCGUCAACUAACUGAACAAUACAUGACAAGUAAUAAGAAAAAACUAAGAAAAAUCACGAAUGAGAUAAUCAACAACGGUUUAUCUGAACUGGAAAACAACUACUCUGAUAAACUGUACUUCAAGUUUGUGCAAACUAAAUCUGCAAUUAAGAAAUGUGUUGUUUCAAAAAUAGAAUGGGCCUCUGUGGAAAGUGAUCUACAGCAGAUGUGGCAAAAGAAAGGAAAAUCGUCGUCCAAAUCCACUUCACAGCCACCAAACAAGAAGAGGAAAACAGAAGACAGAAGUGAGCCAAUGGAAACUGACAAUGAAAGUGACAAGGAUGAAGAAAGAACGAGUAAGGGAAACACUACUAGCAACGGACAGAUGAAAAAGAAGAAGAAGAAGCGAAAUAAUAGGAUACUUACGAAAAAGGAGAGGAAACUACGUCGUGCUAAAGAAAGCUCCAAAGGUAUGGAUAAAGUGUUCAAUUUCAGCGCGUUUUCCAAUAAGCUUGUUAAGAGUUGAGCUAACCAGAGAAACAUCGGAAAUGUAAUAAUUGAUGAACUGUUUUUUUUUCAUGUAAGUAGUUUGAAUAAAUCCUAAUUUUGAGUAAA